AUGCGUCUGUGCUUCAAGUACGUUGUGCCGUACACCGAGACGUCCGGUCAGUCGCUCGUCGAGCACGUCCGGCUCCACACCGCGGACGCCGACUACGUGCAGCCAGCGACUUGGUACAUUAGCCACGCGUGGCUCUACACGUUUACCGAGACGCUCUCGUCGCUCGAGCUCUUCUUUGCGGCCAAGGGCAUCCAAGACCCCGUCGUCUGGUUUUGCGUCUUCAACAACAACCAGCACGAAGCCAAGGACUACCCGUUCUCGUGGUGGCAGUCGACGUUCAAGGACUCGCUCGCGGCUAUUGGCAACGUCGUCAUGAUCAUGCACCCGUGGAAGAACCCGAUCACCCUCACGCGGUCGUGGUGCGUCUUUGAGGUCUACGUCGCCAUCUCGGUGGGGGCCAGCUUUGACGUUGCGCUCGCGCCGACGCAAGCCGACAGCUUCUUCCUCGACAUGGCCAACGACGACAUCGAUGCGUUCUACGAGAUGCUCGGCAGCAUCAACAGUAAGAACGCUCGUGCGACCGUCGCCACCGACAAGACCAACAUUGACGCGGUGAUUGCAGCCGAAGUCGGCUUUCCGACGCUGGACCGUAUGGUCUUUGCAGUGCUGGAGAAUUGGAUGCAGUCGGCGCUGCGUGCGCGCAUCGACAAGUCGCAAGGGUCCUUGGACGUGGCCAAGUACAACUACGCCCUCGCCGGUCUCCUCUGCCAUCAGUGCCACUUUGACGCCGCGCUGGCGCCCUGCGAGACCGCGCUGCUUCUGUACGAAGGGACGCUCGGCCCGAGCGCACGCGAGUCUCUCGAGACGCGGGCUUUCCUCGGAACCAUUUACGGACUCGAAAACAAGCCCAUCGAGGUCUGGGAACCGAUUUUGGUUGAUGCCAUUGCAGCGCUGACCGACGUCGGAGGCCGCGCCGACCCGGCCGUUAUGAACGCCUUGUACCACUUGGGGCUCUUCUACAUCUUGCAUGGCGAAGUCGAGAAGGGCCGCGUGGUCUGGUCCGAGGCGCUGCAGCUCUUCCACGCGGUGCUGGGCCCCAGUCACCCGCGGACACUCACCAUCGUCUACACUGUCCGGCAACUCGACGACACGAGCACGAUGGACGCAAACCUCGCCGCAGAAAUGGCCAUCGAGUGCUACGUGGGUCUCCUCACUGUCCUCGGCAAGGACAACCCGAUGACGCUGAAUGCGAUGAUGAACGUCGGCGUUGUGUACGCCGAGCACGGCAAGCUCGACGACGCUCUCGAGUGGCACAUGGAAGCGUACACGGGCCUCGACCGCGUCUGCGGCCUCACGCACACGCACACGCUCUGGGCACUCUAUAGCGUCGGCGAAACACUGGUCGCUCUCAGUAGGUUUUCUGAAGCGAUUGCUAAUCUGCACCGCGUCCGCGACGGCACCAAGGCAUUGGGCAUGGACAACUCGCUGCUGGCGGCGCUCGCGUCCGAGCAGCUCGGUUUGGCGUACUUUUCGCUCGAAGAGUAUGAUGUAGCCAUGACCUUCUACUUGGCGUCCGUGCGAUCCCUCGAGGUCCUCAAGCGACUACCGGCAGCCACUAUGUCCAUCGUGCGCUUGCUCGCGUGCUACGACCGCCUCGACUCGCCUGUGGCGCUGGCGGACUUGGACGCAAUGAGGCGCUUUGCUCUUGCCGCGGAUAUGUGGCACGAGACGCGGGAGAAGGUGGGCUGCGACCUCUGCGAUAUUCCCGAGCUGUACGGCACCGUGUACGUCUGCCCAGUCUGCCCCAUCGGGACCCAAGUCGCGUGUGCGGCGUGCUAUGCGAUCGUGCCGCAGUGCCCCGAGUGCCAAGUGCUGGACCUCGUGCCCAGUUUGCCGCCGCCUCGCAUGCUUAUGACGCGCAAACUUCGGCUUCUCGCAACAGAAGAUCAACCGGCUUUGCUUGCGUCUGUUGAGGACGAGCUCCGCGCGUACUGCGACACCCAUGGAAUCGAUAGCAUCGACCUGAAUGCCGAGCGUCUCGUCGCAGACUAG